ACCACCCAUAUGAGACACUGCCAGCUGAGAGAGGACUGAACAUCCACCUCUACUCGGAGACAUGCAGGAUUGACGCUUUACUCCACCAUCUCCAUCCUAAUCUGCCACAGGAAUGAAGACCUUGAUGAUUCAUUUAACACGAGAGUAGUAUGCUGGACGUGGGGAAGUGGCCGGUGUUCGCCCUCUUGCCCCCUGAGGAACUAAGGCUCAUCCGUCAGGCCUGUGUUUUUGGCAGCGCCGCCAAUGAGGCCAUCUAUGUUACUGUCAAUGAUGAGGUGUUUGCUCUGGGCACAAACUGCAGUGGUUGUCUGGGUCUGGGGGACACGCAGAGCACCAUAGAGCCCAGGCGGAUCGACAUCUUGUGUGGGAAGAAGAUCGUCUCUCUGAGCUACGGCACUGGUCCACACGUGGUCAUCGCCACUGCAGAUGGAGAGGUUUAUGCCUGGGGUCACAAUGGCUACAGUCAGCUGGGAAAUGGCACCACCAAUCACGGCCUGACCCCCGCACUAGUUUCCACCAAUCUCAUCGGGAAGCGUGUGACGGAGGUUUCCUGCGGUUCUCACCACACCAUAGCCCUCACCACAGAUGGAGAGGUAUACGCCUGGGGCUACAACAACUCUGGUCAGGUGGGCUCUGGAUCCACAGCCAAUCAGCCCACUCCCCGGCGGGUCAGCAGCUGCCUGCAGAACAAGGUGGUGGUGAACAUCGCCUGCGGACAGCUCUGCUCUAUGGCUGUCCUGGACAACGGAGAGACAUACGGCUGGGGCUAUAACUGCAAUGGGCAGCUUGGUUUGGGCAACAAUGGCAAUCAGCAAACCCCUUGCCGGAUCGCCGCCUUACAGGGAAUCAACAUCAUACAGGUGGCGUGUGGAUAUGCUCACACACUGGCUCUCACAGACGAGGGAUUCGUUUACUCUUGGGGUGCGAACUCUUAUGGGCAGCUGGGCACGGGCAAUAAGAGCAACCAGGCUGUGCCCACCCUCAUCAACAUGGACAAGGAGAGGAUGGUGGAGGUUGCUGCAUGUCACACCAGUCACACAUCAGCGGCCAAAACUCAGAGCGGUCAGGUGCUGAUGUGGGGUCAGUGUCGCGGUCAGGCCGUGGCGUACCCUCACCUCACACACUUCACCAGCACUGACGAUGUCUUCGCUUGCUUCGCCACACCGGCCGUCACCUGGCACCUGCUGUCUGUGGAUGGAGAUGACUAUCUGACUGUUGCCCAGUCGCUAAAGCGAGAGUUCGACAGCCCUGACAUCUCUGACCUCAAGUUCCUAGUCGACGGGAAGUGUAUCCACGUACACAAAGCCCUUCUUAAAAUCAGGUGUGAGCAUUUCCGAGCACUGCUGAAUGAAACCGACGAAGAGACCAUUGAGAUUCAUCAGUUCUCUUAUUUGGUGUAUCGUGCAUUCCUCGAGUACCUGUAUACUGACACGAUCAACCUCCCUCCUGAAGAUGCAAUCGGUCUGUUGGAUUUGGCCACAUACUACCGUGAGAGUCGUCUGAAAAGACUGUGUCAGGAGACCAUCAAGAGAGGAAUCACAGAGGAGAAUGCUAUAACACUGCUGUCAGCGGCGGUCAAGUAUGAAGCUCGGGAUCUAGAGGAGUUCUGCUUCAAGUUCUGCGUCAACCACCUGACAUCUGUCACACAGACGCAGGCCUUCGCUGAUAUGGACCACGACCUGCUGAAGAACUUCAUCAGCAAAGCCAGCCGCUACGGGGCCUUCAAAAACUGACAGAUCCAGCGUAGACAGAGAAAGAGAGAGAGAGAGGUAUUCUGUUCUGGAUUGUUUAUCUCAAAUACCUCGGAUUUGGAGAGACAAAAGCCAAAUUCUUGAGGUUUUGAGAGUGGAGAAGUGGACUGCACUGGUUGUCUUCGGGGUCCCAGUGCCUUUACAUUAGAUCCCCAUCUGAAGCACUAUGAAAGACUGGGUUGAAAGGGACCAGAAAUGUUUAAAAGAUUCAUUGUAUCAAAAAAAAAUAACUCAACUUCGAGUCAACAAUAUUGGCUCAAAAUUGACUCAACAACAAAAUUGUAAGGCAACUUGCUGUACAGUUUGUUUUUGUUUGUUUUUUGAGUUGACUCCACUUAAAUCGUGUUAUCUGCAGUACUUGGGUUAAAAGUUGAGUCAACUAAAAAAAGCUGCACAACCUUACGAUUUUAAGUUGACUGCUUAAAAUUGUAAGGCUGCAGAAUUUUUUUUGAGUUGACUUCACUUAAAUCGUGUCAUCUACUGUACUCAGGUUUAAAAGUGGAGUCAACUAAAAAAAGCUGCACAACCUUACGAUUUUAAGUUGACUCAACUUAAAUUUGUAAGGCUGCACAGUUUUUUGAGUUGACUCCACUUAAAUCGUGUCAUCUGCAGUACUUAGUUUAAAAGUGGAGUCAACUCAAAAAAAAAGCUGCGCAACCUUACGAUUUAAAGUUGACUCGACGUAAAAUUAAGGCUGCACAGGUUUUUUGAGUUGACUCCACUUAAAUCGUGUCAUCUGCAGUACUUGGCUUGAAAGUUGAGUCGAUUUAAAAAAAGCUGCACAACCUUACGAUUUUAAGUUGACUCAACUUAAAUUUGUAAGGCUGCAGAGUUUUUUUUACUUGACUUCACUUAAAUCGUGUCAUCUACUGUACUCAGGUUUAAAGUUGAGUCAACUAAAAAAAGCUGCACGACCUUACGAUUUUAAGUUGACUCAACUUAAAUUUGUAAGGCUGCACAGUUUUUUGAGUUGACUUCACCUAAAUCGUGUCAUCUGCAGUACUUGGUUUAAAAGUGGAGUCAACUCAAAAAAAGCUGCGCAACCUUACGAUUUAAAGUUGACUCGACGUAAAAUUUUAAGGCUGCACAGUUUUUUUUGAGUUGACUCCACUUAAAUCGUGUCAUCUGCAGUACUUUAGUUAAAAGUUGAGUCAACUCAAAAAAGGCUGCACAGCCUUAACAUUUUAAGUUGACUCUGCUUAAAAAUGCAAGGCUGCAGAGUUUUUUUGUUGACUCCACUUAAAUUGUGUCAUCUGCAGUACUUGGGUUAAAAGUUGAGUCAACUCAAAAAAAGCUGCGCAACCUUACGAUUUAAAGCUGACUUUACUUAAAAUAGUAAGGCGGCAGUUUUUUUUGAGUUGACUCCACUUAAUUCGUGUCAUCUGCAGUACUUGGGUUGACUCAAAAAAAAAGCUGCGCAGCCUUACAAUUUUAAGUUAAGUCAACUUUUAUAUUUUUCACAGGUUUGUAAUGAUUAAAACCGCUAAACAAAAAAGGAAGGGAUUGAAAAAUGAAAAAGCAAAAGGGAAGAAUUGUUGUGUGUAUACGAGAUGGCUGAUCCAGAAAGACGUCUCCAUUUGUUUUCCUAAUAGAUUUACAGCCUAAAGUUUAAAUUUAAAGGGACAGUACACCCAAAACUGAAAAUUCUGUCAUCAUCCACUCAUCUUGUGCUAAACAUUUAUGGCUUUCUUCUUCAAAGCCAUUCAGUUACUAUUGACUUUCAUAGUAUUUUUUUUUUUCUUACUAUGGAUGUUAAUUCUAAACAUUGGAACCACUUGAGAGAGAUUAAAUAAUGAGUUAAUUUUGUUGUGGGUGAACUGUCUCUUUAUAAGAGAUUAUUCAACAGGUUAUCCAUUCUAAAUUGGUCUCUUAUUGUCACGAUGACCUUUAUAAAUCUGGCCAACAUCCAAGCAAAGGUGAUCCUGUGUCACAGGAGAUCAUGAUUUCAUUUCUUCUUCAGACAUUAGCAGGAGCUUUGAUGUAGUAAUAUGUCAUAUUUAGAGUGUUCUAGCAUUAUUUUGAAAUGUACUAUAUAGUGACUUUGGCAGCAGGUUAAUUUACAGAUCAGAGUAAUGUCAUUUUUUAUUGACUAUUAUGUUGUUUUUUGUUAUGUUUGCAGUCGUUUUGUGUAUCAGUGUUAUCUUGAGCAUGUCAGAAAGGUCACUGCUUUUGUCCAGUCGUAUUUUUACAAGCACUAAUCAGUGAAUCGUGCAAAAGCUGUGGAGAAAGUAAUGGCAGAACCGUAUUUCACCUCAAAAUCUACAAAUAAACUUGUAUAUAUAUUUAAAUAUAAAUGUAAAUAUUAAGAGAUCUCUUAAAACAGUGUUUUCUGGAUUUAGUGUAUAUUUACUGGAUUUGUUUGGUAUGUGUUUGAAUUAAAAAAAUAAAUAAAUAAAUAAAAUUAUAUAUAAAUUUACCUAAAUCCCAUGAGCCCACUAGAGAGGCGUCGUCAUAAUCGAAAAAUGGCAGAAAGUGGCAAUACAUGGUAACAAUAAUAUGACAGUUGUAAUACAUUUGAAUUCCACUGAAACAGCCAUCGUUCAUACUAGAUGUAAAAUACUUUUUAAAUAACUGAAAACUGUUCAAAUUCAAAUGCUAAACUAUUAAAUUACUGUGCAAUUAAGGACACAACUACCAUGCCCCAAAAUUGGAGUACAGUUUUGUAGUACAUUUAUUUUCUUUUAUUUAAACACACACACACACACACAC